AUGUCCCUGGGCCAAGCGGUGGUCUUUGCAGAUCAUGUGGAAGCGCGGCAGAUGGGCGAACACACUAGAGAGUUGCGCUUCCCAGAGACACUGUCCGUGCAGUGCGUAAAAGUCAUCGGUCGAAGCGAGAAGGUACAAGUGCAAAGCUCUGCGGGUUCGUCCAAUUUUGAGGGACGGACGUAUCCAGACAUUCGCAUGAUCGGUCUGGCGGUGUAUGCGACGGAUCUUCUGUCCCCCAACUCUACCAUGUCAGCUUUCAAGGCAAGUUCGCCGGGAGUUUUCAAUAUGCCAAACAGUCAGCUGCUUACAAACAGCAUCGUCGUCCGGGGAAAGUUCAUCAAGCUGUCCAUCGUAGUUUACGGUGAAGUUCUGCCCACUGCCGACAGCCAGUCUCUGCCAGCGCUCCCAAGCAUAGCCCAAUAUCUCCGACCUGAUUCAAGCUUUGAAGGGGACAAGCUCGACAUGGCAGGUCUAGAAGACAUGAGGAGUAGUGCGCUCAAGAGCAUAGAUGCAGAGCUGGAUGCGGAAGGCGAGAAUGGGAAGCUGUCCGAUGCAACAGCCCCACCGAGCUUCGGGAGAGCAUUAGGACUCGGCGGACUCGGUGCCGUGCGUGAGGCCGACGCCAGACUGGCGGAUCAUGUUUCCUGGCUUCCGGCAGUGUUCCAGGAAAGCGAUGCUAUGGAAGGUGACCAGAUUGUCUCCCGCUUGGAAGCUUUGUCGCAUGAUGUAGUUUUGCUUGCGCAGAGGGCGCCCGAGAAUGCAGCUCACAUACACCAUGGUCCUGCUCUAUGCCGCUCUUUGCUCUCGCUGGUGUCUCGGUGCAUGGAGAGAUGGGAGCUUAGACCUCUACGAGCGACUCUUCAAGCACUUGCAACCUGUCUCGUUUCGGCGACUGCAGCUGCUGAGAUAUUGGGAAGGAAGGGUGACCUCGAUAUUCUUGUCCAGAUCUUGAAAGAUGGAGAGUGGAGUCAACAGAAUCUCAAGCUAGCGGCGCUCCAAGUGCUGUUGCAGCUGUGUUCGCAUGCCGCUGGUAUGGAGGCUUUUCUCGGGUGGUCGGACACGGUGUCCGGCCAAACUACAGCAUACGAGGUUGUGCUUUCGUUGGUUCUCGAUGGGACUUCCGGACAGCCAAGGCUGCAGCAUGUUGCUGCAACUUUGCUGAGAAGGGCUGCCUUCUAUGAAGCCCUGACAAGGCUUGAUGAGAGUUGCUCCAAGCUUGAGGCUGUCGACGGUAACGAAACUCCACAAGACAGAUUGCACAAGGCAGCUGCAGCAGCACUGCGUGAUAUCACGGUGCACCUCGAAGACUUGAGCCAGCCAACCAAUGUGCAAGAUCCUGAGCCUGGCAGCUCUUGGCCUUUUGAUGAUAUACCUGGCAGCCAGCUCGUGGAUGAUUCGGCUUCCAAGCUUCCAGGUGUAAUCUUUGGAGGCUGUGGAACAGGAAUACUGGCAAGUGAUCCGUUUGCACAAGGCCAAUGCCAUUUGUACGGGUUCCUGGAGUCAUUCAUGACAGGACGACGUCUAUUGCCUGGGCUUUCUGUUUUGCUCCGUCGCCUUGCCCGUGUUCACCCAUAUGACCGCUUGUUGCUCUUCCGACCAAUCCAGCGACUGAUGUGCCUGCUGCUCUCUUGUUCGGGUGGUCCACAGUUCCUGGCUGCCGACAAUGCUACGUACACUACCUUGCUGAAUCUUCUUGAGUGUGGGGUGGCGCACAAGAAGUUGCCAGCAGUGCCGCGCUUUCCUGCAGCUCUUGUCAAAGACUUGGCCGCGCCGCACUUGGGCACCCUGGCUGCCACUCACGUACGCGCUCUGCGACUUUCGCUUCUUCUGGUGGCUGCCACGAGGUCCAAGGGCCGUGGCGGCCUUUUGCCAGAAGAGCAUGCUUGCCCAGGGCUGGCUGCUUUGCAUCGGCUUUGUGUCAGAGGUUCUGCAGGUCGCUGUGCAGUCGUACAGGCAUUUCGAUCGGUAUUCUUCGCUGAGUGGCUUCUGCGACAAAUCGAGGGACGUCUGGAUGAAGCCACUCCAAGUGGAAGCCGGGCAUCUCAGGUUCAACCUUCACUUCGCCAUCUCGUCGCGAUUCUCCACGCCUUGGUCUUAUCUGACCCCUCCGGUGCUGCUGCAGAACGAUUUGGAGCCAGAGUGCUGGCCUUGGUGUUGCGGGCUGUCAGGGUUUUGGAGCCAGAGGCAGACGAGUCAGCAGACCCCAGUGCUCUGCUGGAAUUCGCAUUGGACAGUGAAGGUGCCGAGGGUGGGCUUGGCAAGGCUGUCCGCUUUGGCCGACGCAGUGCCGACUUCGAGUUCUUGAAGAAUCUCAAGGAGUUGGCCGCUCAACUGCGCCCAUGGCGACAGGAAGACUCCGAUGCCAACGCACAGACUUCGGUGACCAGUGCCAAGCUCAUGGCAAGCCUGGUUCUCAAUAGAGGUCCUCGUUCAUUGAAGCGCUCGACCAACGAAGAGCGUGGAAGCAGGCGACUAGCUCUGGUCUUGGGAGGACAUUCUGCGGCGAGUGGUGUCGACGUGCCAGAGGUUGACUUCAAUGCUGGAGAAGAGCAUGCCGACCUCGACGACCACUUGGAGCGCUAUCCCAGUGAGGACCUUACGGAGCUCCCGCUGCUUGCAAUGCGUGUACUUUGCCGCAGGGCAGCCAGUCCGAAAGAGGCGCUUGCUAUUGUUGAAGCCGACGGCGGCAGAGAUGGAUUGGCUCAAUUGGUUCCUUGGCUGAUUCGAUGUGCUGGAGCCUUCAGCCUGAACUUAGAGGCCAGUAUCCUUCGAGAAGAAAAGAAGGCCAUAGCUCUCAUCUACGCGACACGCCGCUCACAUGCUCAAUUGUUAGAGGCAGCGCUGCAGACCUGUGCACACCUCCUUGGCGGGCUUAGGGAUGCCGGCUUGUCUCAUUACAGACACACCGAGUUGUGCCAAACACUGCUUCUGCUAUCGCAGCGGCUGACAUCUGGAUUGUUUGGACUGGCGCCUCGUGGCGGCUUCAACAGUGAUCCAGAGUUCAGGCUGUUAUGGCGACACUGCAUCGUGUGGGUCUGUCGUGUAUUCCGGCUUUGGUUUCAGAGCUUCCCUGACGCAGCUGGCGGGCAGCUUCUGCUUCCUUUGCUCCGGCACGCUCGUGUUCUGCCGACGAAUUUUGCGGGAGGCAUGUUGCUUCUGGCGACGUGUGGGAGCCUGAAGCCAGUACUUCCCAGAACAUCGCAUCAGUUCAACCUCCUCUUUUCCAGCUCUCAGCCCGGGCCUGGGGACAGCUUGCAGUCCCAGUUCGUGCUGAUGCCGACUGGAACUCGCACGGGAAAUGCAGGCAUGGUGACCUUGCGGCCUGUGUCCCCGAGUCAGAUAGCCGGCCGUGAGGCAUGCGGUCAGUUUUGGAGUAGAACUUCCGAGGUGCAGGACUGGGAGGAUGCUUCUCGCAGCUCUGCAGAUCCAUUGGUGCGAGCUCUCGCAGCGGACCGGGAGGCAGCGGCAGCUCAUGCUUUAGGAUUGGUCGAGAUGGUGAACCAACGCAGAGAGCGGCUGUCCCUAGACGAUGUUGCGGAGCUUCUGGCAAUGGCUGCUGAGUGCGCUCUGACGUCGGAUGCUUUUCUACAUCUUUGUACUGCAAGAGUAUUGGAAAAGCUGACUGUCGCUGGACUGCCCAUUCUGGUGGUUAUUCGAAGACUAGCGGAGGCUGCUCUAAAUGGUGUUGUCCUGGAAUCAGAAGGCAGUGAUGACAUCAGUGGCGGUGCAGCUCGUGAUCCGCGCGAUGCUCGUGCUGUUUCGCGCCUGCUGCUGCUGCUGGCGCAUUUCGGAUCGCUGGGCCCUGCUGCCAGAAUGGCUCUGACAGAGCAUCAAAUAGAGACGCUUUGCCAGUCAGUCCUCGCGCAUUCACCUGCCACCUCUUUGCCUCCAAUGGCAUUCUCCCAGUCCAUCAGGCUGCUGGCCUUGAUGUUUGCCUCACCAUCAUCCCACUCCGUGCCGAAAUGCAGAAUGGUCGCCAAAGCCGUGAAUCUCUUGAUUAACAAAGGUCCCGAUGAAGGUUCUCCUGCAGGUGUCUCGACUAUAUGCGCGGCAUUGGAGCUUCUUUUAGGCCUCUGCACGCCGCAAUGGCUUUGCCUCAGCUUGAUUUUCAGCGCUGGGGAUGCAUGUGAUGGAGAGGUGCGGGUGAGUAUAAGCAGUGCCUUCAAGCUGGGACAUUGUGCACACAGGAUUGCCAUGGAACUCCAGGUCUGUUGCCAGCAUUGCCGCUCAGCAGAGAGAGGGUCCGAAGAGGAGGUCGCAGCUCUUGAGGAAUUCGCCAGCUGGCUCCGAGCUGCAGAUUCCCUUAUCUCACUGUCGCGUGUGGUUAUUGGCCACUGUCCCUCUGCAACCGUCUUCCUUCAGGUUGUUGCUGGGGCUAGUUCGACGCAGAGCUUGCUCGAAGAGCUCUUGCUCGCUCUGCAGCAUGCGCCGAAUAGUCCCGACAUCCACGAGCAGGUUGGUAGCAGCAUGAAAGCCGUCCAGCACCUGCGGGAGGAGGCAUCUGCAAAGUCACUAGAUCCGCUCCCCUCAGUGCUCCCUGCUCGAUUGUUCGAGCAGCCUGCAAGGGCAGGACGGAGCUCAAAUUCAGCACAAGAAACCACAGCAGAAGCUUCCCUGAACGGCACUUCCAAUGCAACAAGGAAAGACUACCCAGAUGAAAAUGCACAUGCAAUGGCAGACGUGGUUGGCUUGCUCGACGCAGCAGCUGAUCUUGAUGCCAGUGCAGAAUGGGCUUCCGUCGUUGAGCUUGACUCCGCGGAACCUCCCGGGGAUGACGCGAAAAUGGACUGGGAGUUUGAUGCUGCAGCCUUGAAGCGGAAGCGGCAGGACUUCCUCGAGAAGUUCGAGUCUGACCGGAAGGCAAAGCGUCUGAAACAGCAGCAAGAGAAGCUACAGGAAAAGCAGUGGCUCGAGCGUGCAGAAGAGCGCUCUUCGGCUCCAGGUGCCACUGGUCGCUCCGACCCCGAUCCAUCCGAUGCACGGGAGGAGACUCGGGUUGCAGAGGGAGCUUCUGCUCCUGAAGGACGUCAAGGCGAGGAUGAAGCCGUGAAUCCGGCAGAGGCUUUGCAAUCUUUCUUGAAGGAUCACCCCGAGUUUAUGCGGGUCUUGCAAAACCCGAAAAAAUGCCUGGCUGAUCCCCGCGUGAAGACUAUGUUUGUGACCGAGCUGCAAAACUAUCCGGCUGUGAAGUCCUUUCUCGCUGCGAGGGGGCUCCAGUUGUCGUGA